GUUUUUUGUGACGCGUUGACCAAACCUGGCGCUGGAGAGCAGGAGUGAGUCAUCUGUUCAUAGACGAGCUUCGGUGUGACGUCGUGGUUGUUCCGGAUCAAACAUGGCGAACAUUCGGUGUGUGAAGGGCAUGGUCGGCCUGGUGACCGGUGGGGCCUCCGGUUUGGGUCGGGCCACCGUGGAGCGUCUGGUGCAGAGCGGAGCGUCCGCUGUCAUUGUGGACCUGCCUUCCUCUGAUGGACAGGCGCUGGCUGGCAGCCUGGGAGACCGGUGUGCCUUUGCUCCUGCAGACGUAACAUCCGAGGCAGAUGUGCGCUCAGCUGUGUCUCUGGCCCGGGAGAAGUUUGGGAAGUUGGACCUGGCAGUUAACUGUGCUGGCAUUGCCGUGGCUGUUAAAACGUAUAACAUUAAGAAGGACGUCCCUCACAGCCUGGAGGACUUCCAGCGUGUCAUCAAUGUAAAUAUCGCAGGAACCUUUAACGUGAUCCGCCUCGCCGUGGGGGAGAUGGGGAAGAACGAGCCGGACGCAGACGGGCACAGAGGCUGCAUCAUAAACACUGCCAGUGUGGCAGCGUUCGACGGACAGGUCGGACAAGCAGCGUAUUCUGCUUCUAAAGGCGGCAUCGUUGGAAUGACGCUACCAAUCGCUCGAGAUCUGGCACCCAUGGGCAUCAGAGUCGUCACAAUUGCCCCAGGAUUGUUCUCCACCCCUCUCCUCGCCAGCCUUCCAGAGAAGGUGCGCUCUUUUCUUGCCCGCCAGGUGCCCUUUCCUUCACGCCUAGGAGACCCCGCUGAGUUUGCCCACUUGGUGACCUCACUGGCGGAGAACCCGAUGAUCAACGGGGAAGUCAUCAGACUGGACGGCGCCAUACGCAUGCAGCCCUGAGCAGCUUGUCUGGAUGUGUGAAAAUAAAACGAUCAUCGGUUUCCACCGUUUAGACUGAGACUGGGUGUAAAUGGCCGCCUUGUUUAUUACUUUGUAGAAAAUGGUGAAUAUAGACUCUCAUUUGGAUCACAAAGAUCUUUUAUUCAGUGUCAGAAUGUACUUCAUAUUGAAUAUUACAAUAAUAAAUAUCAAAUGGGUUUCAUUUCA